AAGCGAGGAACGCCACGCGCACAGCCGACUCUCGCCGCUCGGAUUAUGAGCCUCGCGCGCCCCUACGAGUGAAGCACCCGUGGACGAAGACGAGCCGAACUCUGGUUCAAGAUCGAGCUCAGGGCUUGGGAUUGCGAGGAACGCUCGAGGACAAGCUCGGGGACAAGCUCGAGGAAGCUCAAGGAAGCGCUACGAGAGGACGAGGAUGCGGCCGAGGAACGCGUGGGGCUUCGCCCUGCUGGCGCUCGCCCUGGUAGUCCAAGAUGCGGGGGCGAGCAGCGGCUGCGGCUACCCAGGCGCGCCUGCGCACAGCAGUGUGCGCUUCAGCGGGGGCAGCAUCGAGGACGUGAUGGACGAGGAGGACGGGCCCCUCGGCGUCCUGACGACGCCCUUCGAGCCCGGCACCGUCUCCACUUACACAUGCGAGCGGGGUUUCGAGCUGCUGGGCCCAGCAAGACGUCAGUGCCAGGAGGACGGAUCCUGGACCCCCGAGGGCGUGCCAUUCUGCGUGUUGAACGUGGCAGCGGGAAAAGCGCCGAUGCAGUCAAGUCGGGCGGAUAGCGGCAUCCCCCAGCUCGCCGUCGACGGGAGCAGUGCUCAGGUCUACUCGCCGCAGACCUGCACACUGACGACACUCGAGCCCCGGCCCUGGUGGUACGUCAACCUACUCGAGCCCUACAUGGUGCAGCUAGUGCGCCUCGACUUCGGCAAAUCCUGUUGCGGUGAGGGACAUCCGGGGACGAUAGUCGUCCGCGUGGGCAACAACAGACCCGACUUGGGUACGAACCCCAUCUGCAAUCGGUUCACCGGCCCCCUCGAGGAGGGCCAGCCGCUUUUCCUGCCCUGCAACCCCCCCAUGCCCGGGGCCUUCGUCUCCGUGCACCUGGAGGCGACCACCCAGACGCCCUUCCCCGUCCAGCUGUCGCUGUGCGAAGCCUUCGUUUACACCGACCAAGCCCUGCCAAUCGAGCGUUGUCCGCAGUUCCGGGACCAACCCCCGGGCUCCACGGCCACCUACAACGGCAAAUGCUACAUCUUUUACAACCGACAGCCCCAGACGUUCCGCGACGCUUUGAGCUUUUGCCGGGCGCGCGGUGGUACCCUCGUCGACGAGAGCAACCCCGCCCUACAGGGCUUCAUAUCCUGGGAGUUGUGGAGGCGACACAGGAGUGACACCUCCAGCCAAUACUGGAUGGGCGCCGUCAGAGAUCCCAAGGAUAGGACCGUCUGGCGCUGGACCGGAAACGGUGACGAGAUAUCCGUCUCAUUCUGGAGCAUGCCCCAGGGUACCGAGGAGGAGUGCGCGAGAUACGACGGUAGCAGGGGAUGGCUGUGGUCGGAGACGCCUUGCACCGCCAAGCUCAACUACAUUUGUCAGCACCAGCCACGUGCCUGCGGUCGCCCGGAACAGCCGCCGAACUCGACGAUGACGGUGGUGAGCCCACCGGCGGGUAAGGAGCCCGCGAGGAACUACCAGGUCGGCACCAACGUCGAGUACGCCUGCGACGGCGGGAGCCUCCUCAUAGGACCCUCGAGCCGUACCUGUCUCGACACAGGAUUCUACAACGAAUUCCCGCCCGUUUGCAAAAGCAUCGAGUGCGGAUUUCCGGCCAGCAUCAAACACGGCGGAUACACUUUGAUCAAUAAUACCGUGACCUACCUCAGUCAAGUGCUGUACGCCUGCGAAGAAGGCUUCGAAAUGACCGGUCGGGCCCGGCUGACGUGCGACAUCGACGAGCGCUGGAACGGACCGCCACCACGGUGCGAACCGAUCAGGUGCGAUCCACCGGCGGUGGUCGCCCACAGCCAAAUCCAGAUCGACGAGAUCGACAUCGAGGAGGUGGCGGCCGCGGCUGCCGCGGCCGCCGCGACGCCGAUGCCCGCCAACGCGACCGGCAGGGGCCUCUUCGUCGGCAGCAUUGUCACCUACACCUGCGACAGGGGCUACAGACUGAGCGGCAACCGGCAGUUGCUCUGUCUGCCCAGUGGAUCGUAUGACCGCGCGGCGCCCAGUUGCACAGAGGAGCCACAGACCACGACGUCGGCGACGGCUAAGUCGACCUCGCGCCCGACGAACACGCGGGGCAGACCUUUCCUGCCGACGCGGCUCCGCACCACGACGGUGGCCCCGACGACGGGCGCCCCGACCUCGACGACGCCGCAGCGCCCGAAGCAGCAGCAGCAGCGACCCGCCGAGCAGCCAGCGACGGUGCGGGAGACGGCGCACAAGAGGCCGAGCAUCGGACUCCAGAGGCCCACCAACGACAGAACAGCUCAGCAUCCCAAGAACGAGGGCGUCGAUCAUCCGCAGGACAAUGAAAUUUCCGGCAGCGGGGUGGACAACGCCCAUGCGGAGGUCGGGGCCGGAGUGCCCGAGCCCAACGGGCCUUACAGGAUAAACCGGGCGGACCAGCCGGGCGCCCACCAAGCGAAGCUCAACCUCGGGGCGGUAAUAGCCCUUGGCGUCUUCGGAGGCUUCGUCUUCCUCGCAGCCGUCAUCACGACAGUCGUCAUUCUCAUACGCAGGAACCGCGGGCGGGGUGGUAAGCACUACAGGCACCGCGCCUCACCCGACUGUAACACCGUGGCGAGCUUCGAUAGCGGCUCGUCCGGGAGUCGAGGUGGCUUGAACCGCUACUACCGGCAGGCCUGGGACAACCUCCACGAGUCGGCGACUGGCCAGAAAAUCGGCGGGACCAAUCACGCGGCCCUGAGGCGCAAAGAGACCCUCGACGAGCCUUCCUACCGGGACAAUUACAGGAGUGGAACUGUCAACGGCAGCGUCGAGCGCGACGGCUCCGAGCUCGUUGUCAGCGACGUCGCCGCCUACGCCGCCAAGAGCAACGGCACCGGCCCCGAUAAGAAGAGACACCAUCACCAUCACCACCACCACCAUCCGACUUACCAGCAGUCCCAGUCACAUCACAGAUACUGAAUUCGAUUAUUAAAAACGCCAACAGCUACUUGACUUAUCGACAUUCGCCGCCACCUUCAUCUCGCUUCCCGAUCCUCCUACACUCCCGGCUCGACUGCUUUUCCGAAAUAAUGAGCCCGAUUAAUCGUUGUGGGAGCUGCGGGAAAGUUUUCGCUUUUAAAUAGGGGUUUAUUGCUUGGAGAUUGCUUAUUAUGGACUAUUUUCAUCGAUCUGUCAAUGUUUUUCUUUUAAUUUUCUUGAAGGGUAAUUCAGACUUUCACGACGAAUGUACGUGGACUAAGCCUUUCGUGUUGGUCAGUUAUAUAUUCGACGAAUGUCGAUAUUUCAUACAGCAUAUUGAUAUUGUGUAGACAUCAUAAUUCAUGCAAAUAAUGUUGUUAUUUCCACGGGCAAAUGACUAGAGCUCUGUGGAAUCUGUUUUAUUUUCUCAACGUAGUUACAUACAUUCGUCUUUUGCGUAUUUUCACUUUCGGCGAGAUAAUCACGUAA